UGAUACCAUAUUAUAUGGACCCUAAACUCAAGUAUUCCGCUGGUUUGCCUUAUCUCACUAAACUUAAAACCAGACAACAACUUUGCGAAAUGGGAUAUGAAGCCUCAUUAAUAGAAUCGACAUUGCAAAACUUAAGAAAUGGGAUUUACCCAAACCAAUUUUACCAUGCAUUCGGUAAAUCCCAAGUCGUUGAUUUGUCUGCAAUCGUGAGUGGCAAGGACAUCUGA